AUGCAUAAGGGUGAAGUCAAAAUGUUGAUAAAAUAUUUAAGACCAAAGACAAGAAAGGGUCGGAAAGUGUUGGAUCUAAAACGUAAAUUGAAAUCUGGAAAAAAAGAUGGUGAAAGAGAAAACAUAACUCAUACUUCUUUUCCUCCUACUUCUGCUAAAAAAAGUAAUAUUGAUGAAAAAGAUAAUCCAAAGAAGAGGCUUAAGCCAGAUCAUGAAGCUUCUACAGAGGUCUCUUUGACAAAAAUCAUUCAUAAUAUAUUACCAGACCUGGUCUAUCUUCAGUUGAGACAUUAUAAAUCAGAUUCAAGCACCAUAUCUGUUGAACAACGGUUUCCUGAUAGGAUUUCAAACUGGGUAGGGUUCAAAGAAGAGGUGCGAUCAUGGCAGUCAGAGUACAUCAAUAAGCGAUACAAAAAACCAGUAUUUGGAUCACAAAUAGGUGAUAUAUCAAAUGUUAAUGUGGAAUUUGAAGAAAUGACGCAGCAUUCAGCAGAAGAUUCACAACAAAGAUUAAUUGGGAAAAAUAGAAAAGGAAAAGAAAACUCGUUAUUAAUCGAUAUUUAUAAUUUCAAGGUUCAUCCUAACAUUGAUGUUUCUCACAAAUCCAUGUUAAUAUUAAAUGACUUCAUCAAUGAUAUGUUUGAGAAAAUAUCCAGUGAAGCUUCAAAACUUGCAGCCUACAAUAAACGAUCAACAAUCACUUCACAUGAUAUACAAUAUGCAAUUAAGUUAAUUUUACCUGGUGAGCUGGCUAGGAAUGCAAUAUUUGAAGGAGUGAAAGCUGUUGAUAGAUAUAACAUUUGCAAUUCAAGUUAUAUUUUAUAA